AUGGUUCCAUUGUUGAACUUGAAUGUCACUAUUGGUCUUGAUUCGAGGAAGACAGUCCUUGUGCUUAAAUGCUUUAGAAUGGUAUCAGAUAAAAGUGUGAUGUCUGAACCUGAACUUGGUGUGACACCCCAUUGUAUUGUUCUUCUUCUUGUUUAUGUUGAUGAUACGAUUAUUACUGGUAAUGAUCUACAGGCCAUAUCUGACCUACAACACUAUCUUGGUCAACAUUUUGAGAUGAAAGACCUUGGAUCUCUCAACUACUUUCUUGGUCUUGAAGUGUCUAGGCGCUCAGAUGUUUAUUUGUUGUCUCAAGAAGAGUAUGCCUCUGAUCUUUUAGCCCGCUCAGGCAUCAUCGACUCCAUCACAUCUUCAACACCAUUAGAUCCCAAUACCCAUCUAACCCCUUUUGAUAGUGUUCCUCUUGAAGAUGUAAGCUUAUAUCGACAACUUGUUGGCAGUCUCAUCUAUCUAACAGUAACUCGUUCAGACAUUGCAUAUGCUAUUCCCAUUUUUUCUUCUCAAUCUUCUCCUGUGCUGUCUGGCUAUUCUGAUGCAGAUUGGGCUGGAGACCCCACUGAUCGACGAUCUACCACAGGUUACUGUUUCUACUUAAACGAUUCUCUCAUUUCAUGGCGUAGUAAGAAACAAAGUGUUGUCUCUCGUUCCAGUACUGAAUUAGAAUAUCGUGCUCUUGAUGAUACUACCGCAUUACUUCUAUGGCUUUGUUGGCUCCUUGCUGAUAUGGGUGCCCCUCAACAGGGUCCACUCUCCUUCAUUGUGACAAUCGUAGUGCUAUUCAGAUUGCUCACAAUGAUGUCUUUCAUGAACGUAUAA